AUGAUACCCGAAGAAUUCUUUUUGUACUCUGGACAUUCGUUUAAAGGAUGGCUUCCUUUCUCAGACAAGACCAACGAUUGCAUAAAUAACGGUGCUAAGAAAGCCAUAUGGAAAUGUGUGCCUAAAGCAUACUACUUCGACGGCGACGAGUUCGACAAUAUUCGUUGGAUGGUCGGUGAUAUUGCCGUUGUGAAGGUUGAAGAUGACUUCAAUUUCCAACGAAAGAUUAGAGGCUGCGACUACAUUCCUAAAAAAGUGUAUUACAAUAAUCAAUCUAUUGACCUUGAGAAAGGUGGUACUGUGGGCUCUUUGGCUGGAUGGGAUAUCACACCUUUGCAGGACGUUAUGGAGAAGAUAAAUAAUUCAAGAGAUUUGCUGGAAACUGACACUAUUGUGCUCUCAAAGAAGACGUGUCUGAAGAGUUGGGACCAACGAUACCAUUUUGUCAUUAAUGAUCACAUGAUCUGUACCAGAGACAACGAUGAUGAGGAAACCAUGAGUGCUAUAUGCUUGGAAAGAGAAGUGAGCUGUAAAGAAUUGGAGUAUUCUCGCGAAAACCAAGAGUCUGAGGAAGAUCGGAGGCGAAUGAUAAUAGAGCCCAGUGAGCUAGAGGUGGAUACAGCAGCUCAUCUAGAUUCUAGGAGAAAAGGGCAUAGGGUAGCCAGUGGCAUAUAUGCUAUGCAAAUAACUACAACAGUUCCUAAAAAAGUAGAACAUAUACUGCAUAAUUUAAAUGGAUCUGAAAUUAAAAACUUUCUAAACAAUUCGAGAAGAAUUGUCGUUGGAUCAGAAGCUUUAGAGAGUAGACCUUACAUGGUGUACUUAAAAUUGCCAGCAAGUAAUGCAAAGUACGCAGAUUACAGACAGUGGUUGUGCGGGGGAGUAAUCAUCCACGAGGAAUAUAUUCUAACUUCAGCCGCUUGCAUUGAAGAUGCUAGACAUUUUUAUAUCGUUUCGGGAACAUACUUACACGACGAGGGCGCUGACCGUCAUAAUAACCCGUGUAUUAAAAACGGAGCCAAGAAAGCUAUAUGGAAAUGUGUUCCUCGCAAUUACGUAUUCGACGGUCAUGAAAAUGAUAACAUUAGAUGGAUGAAUAAUGAUAUUGCGAUUGUAAAGACAGAGGACGAGUUUGAUUUCACUCGAAGAAUUCGGGGAUGCGAAUAUAUACCUCGCCCUGUUUGCUACAACAAUCAAAGUCAGAAGUUCGAAGAACCUGAGACUGUCGGAUCAAUAGCCGGUUGGGGCAGCACUUUUGGGUACAAUGAGCCAUCAAAUGCACAUAACAUGAAACAUCAACUAUUAGAAGCACCAGCAGUAAUUAUGUCCAAAGCGACAUGCAAAAAACGAUGGGGAAAGCGGUAUCACCAGAUUAUUGAAAAUUAUAUGAUAUGUACCAAGGAUACUGUGCCGGAUCUCUCAGAAAUAUGUGCGGAGAAGUACGUUGACUGCACUGACAUACAAUACGACGAUUCAGGUGAAGAGAGGCGAUCUAUGGAUCCGGAAACUAUGCACGUGCACACUGCUAAUCACAAAAGUUUAAGGAAACAAUCCAACUAUGCAAGUGGAGGCUUUUGUGAGAACGACCACGGCGGACCUUUAAUCUAUGGAACAGGUCUAAAUUCAGUCGUAAUCGGGAUCAUCUCGGCCUGCCUCGUCAAGGAGGGGACAAACAAAUGCCACGGACCUUUUCUGUAUACCAGUGUCUGGAAGAAUCGGGUCCUUAUUAAUUGCGCUAUUUUUAAAGAUCCUUCAGGAGGAUGUGACAAGUUGUUCCGAGCUGGCGGCUCACAUACAGAAGUAGAAAUGAGUUGGGCCGACCAUCCCGAUGGACCUGCGAAAAAUGAACUUAAAAAAGUCGGCAAAGAAGUAAAUGACAAAGAUAAAUAUGAGAGUACAACAGCAGAGACAACGAAAACUGUAGAAAAUAAAGAAGUGACAAAACCUGCAGAUGAGAACACAAAAAAGAAUGAAAUACAAAAACGAAGACUGUUUGAAAAUUCAACGGUAUAUCUCAAAUUGCCUAGCGCAAACGCAAAACAGCAGUCAUAUCGCAAGUGGUUAUGUGGAGGCGCUAUUAUUCACGAGGAGUAUAUUCUGACGUCUGCUGCGUGCAUUGAAGAUGUUACACAUUUUUAUGUUGUCUCCGGUACUUACAAAUAUGCCGAUGAGGACGAUAGAUACAAUAAUCCUUGUAUCAAAAAUGGCGCAAAGAAAGCAGUUUGGAAGUGUGUUCCUAAAAAUUAUGUAUUUGAUGGUCACGAGAACGACAAUAUACGAUGGAUGAACAACGACAUCGCCGUAGUAAAAAUUGAAGAUGGUUUUGACUUCACUAGGCGUAUCCGGGGUUGUGACUUUAUACCGAAACCGGUUUGUUAUAACAACCAGAGUCAGACGCUGGAGAAUCCUGGCACUGUGGUUUCAAUUGCUGGUUGGGGUACCACGUCACGAUACAAUGAAUGGAUAAAUAGAAGGAAAGAGAAUCAGCACACGUUGCUGGAAGCUCUGGUCGAGAUCAUCCCCAAAAACAGGUGCAAGCGUCGCUGGGGCUCUCGCUAUCACAAUAUUAUCGAUAACUACAUGAUCUGCUCCAAGGACAUCGGACAAAGCAUGUCAGAAAUUUGCAAUGAAAAAUAUGUAGACUGUUCAGAUAUAAGUUAUGACGACGAUGAGGAUCUGAGAAGAGACACGAAAGUGAAGAAGACAGAAAGAAUUCCUACGAACCUUGUGAUGCAUUCCGCCUACCACAACGAGACCUCAUACACCAGACGAUUGAGGGAUAAUAUUGGAAGUGGAGGAUUCUGUGAAAAUGAUCACGGUGGUCCUUUAGUUUACGGCAGCGGAGUCAAUUCUAUGGUCAUUGGCGUCAUCUCAGCUUGCCUCGUGAAGGAAAGAACCAAUAAGUGUUACGGACCUUUUCUCUACACCAGCGUGUACAAGAAUAGGCAGUUCAUCUCUUGCGCUAUUUUCAAGGAAGUCGAACCGAAAUGCCGACGGCAAUUCAGAUCAGGCGUAACACAUGUUGAGCAAAAUCUUUCAUGGAAAAAUCAUCCAGAUGGACCAGCAAAGAACGAGUUGGAGCCUGGACAAAAACCAAUACCGAACAUUUACGAGCCAACCACUGAAGGUACCACUGUGGCAGGACCCGUUGUAAGAGCACACGAUGCACCAGUAGACGACAAAGUGUUUGCAGAGAGUGGUUUCAUCAUCAGAGCUCAUAACGACACCAAGAGUGUUCACACAGUAAAUACCACAAAGACAUAA